GCGUUUCCCAAACUAGGCUUUGGGGACCACCAGGGGCCGUUGAGAUGAUCUCUGGUGGUCCCGAGCAAAAGCAUGAAUAGGUUAAUUUAACUUUAACAGCACUUUUCCCCCUCAAAGUUGAUCAGAUGAUCAUGAUCAUCUGAUCAUGAUUUCUAGUGAUCCUAUAGAUUUAUUUAUUUCUGUAUGAGCUUUUGUUCAUCUCUUCAGGUCAGUAUCCUUUAUGGUCUAUUUUGCAUCUAUUUUGUGGGUUCUUGAAGUGAGACAGUUUGGGAACCUCUGCUCUAGUGGAAAGUAAAACAUAUCUUUGCAUCAUCAUCCUCAUCAUCAAAAGCACAAUACUACAAUACCUGCACAGAAAAUGGAAAAGUCUACGCCAACAAUGACAUGUGGAACCCCGAGCCCUGUCGGAUCUGUGUGUGUGACCUGGGGAAAGUGGUGUGUGAGGACGUGGUGUGUGAGGACCUCGGGAACUGCCAGAAGUCGGUGACCCCAGAGGGCGAGUGCUGCCCCGUGUGCACGGCUACAGCACCGCCAGCCACAGCCACAGUCACGCCAACUCCCAGCACAGACACAACAAGAGCUGCAGCUGAUGAGGAGAAGAAAGGCGACCCGUGCACGGUGGACGGCGAGCUCUACCAGCACAACGACAUCUGGAAGCCGCAGCCCUGCAGCGUGUGCGUCUGCGACAACGGCGUCACCAUCUGCGACGAGGUGCAGUGUGAAACUAUUGCCAACUGCGAGAAGGUGGUCACACCCGAGGGAGAGUGCUGCCCCGUGUGCGACACCUUCGCCAGCGCCAGCAGGAUGAUCGAAAUUAUGGGCUUCAAGGGACAGAAGGGUGAACCAGGUGACAUCCCAUAUGUGGUGGGGAUCCCAGGUCGUCCAGGACCCGAGGGUCCUCCCGGAGCACAGGGACAAAGGGGACGCAGUGGCUUCAAAGGCAGACGGGGAUCCCCCGGGCCACCAGGAUUUGACGGAGAGCCAGGAGUGCCAGGAAACCCCGGAGAGCCCGGACCCCCCGGCCAGCCUGCCCACCCUGGGGGCCAGCUAGUGUCUCAGAUGGCAUCAGGUUUCCAUGAGAAGUCCGGUCUGGCUGGGAUGGUGUCUGGAUCACGGGGUGAAUCAGGACCACGUGGGCCUCCAGGGUUGCCCGGAGCACAAGGACCAAGUGGCGCUCAGGGUGUCCCAGGAGAGGCUGGAGAGCCUGGACCAAUGGGUGGCUACGGUCACAGAGGACCUGAUGGACCCCCAGGAAAGGCAGGACCAGAUGGCGAGCCUGGUCCUGGAGGUCAGCCAGGAGAAACUGGAUUUCCAGGAUCUGCGGGUGCCAGAGGAUUCCCCGGCCUGCCAGGUCUUCCAGGGCUGAAGGGACACAAGGGAAAUACAGGUCUUGCUGGCCGCAGAGGCGAAAGUGGACCAGCUGGAGGCAAGGGUGACUCUGGCACUCCUGGUGGCAUGGGACCUCCCGGCCCACCGGGACCUGUGGGUAUGCAGGGAGAGAGAGGCAGAGCUGGCCCCGGUGGCCCUGUGGGAAAGCGUGGUACCCCUGGUCAUGUUGGUAAACCAGGCCCUAUGGGUCCUCUGGGAAUUAACGGUCUUCCAGGUUUUCCAGGUAACCCAGGAAUGAAGGGUGAGCCAGGACCCACAGGUGUGAGAGGGUCUGAGGGACCACAAGGACCCAGAGGAGACGGUGGUCGUGUCGGACCAGCCGGCCCCAUGGGAAAACAGGGUGCCGGUGGAUCUGAUGGAGCUCCAGGUGCCAGAGGCCAAACAGGUCUUGCAGGCGUCCACGGUCCCACAGGUAUGCCAGGCCCUGUUGGACUCCCCGGCACCCAGGGAACCACGGGAGCACCUGGACCCAAGGGCCAACUGGGUGAUACCGGAGUGCCUGGAUUCAAAGGAGAAGCUGGACUUAAGGGAGAACCAGGUGAGCACGGUGCCCAGGGUGUGUUGGGGCCAAUGGGAGAGGAGGGCAAGAGGGGACCUCGAGGUGAUGCCGGCUCCAUCGGACCUCCAGGACCUCCCGGCGAGACGGGUGCUCCAGGAAACAGAGGCUUUCCCGGUGCCGAUGGUUUACCUGGCCAAAAGGGUGCCCAAGGUGAGAGAGGACUGCCAGGGUCAUCUGGUGCCAAAGGUGCAUCUGGUGAUUUGGGACGCACUGGAGAGCCCGGUUUACCAGGAGCUCGGGGUCUGACGGGUCUUCUCGGAGCCCAGGGAGAAGAGGGAAAGCAAGGACCAAUGGGCGGAUCAGGAGAGGACGGGAAGCCAGGCCCAGCUGGCCCUGUCGGUGGCCGAGGUGGCGCUGGACCGAUGGGCCUGCCAGGACCAAAAGGCUUUUCUGGCGAUCCUGGGAAGACUGGAGAGACCGGCACCCCUGGCCCAGCAGGUCAAAGGGGACUUAAUGGAAAAGAUGGAGAGCAAGGCGCUGCCGGUCCAGCUGGCCCAGCUGGUGUUGCUGGAAAGAGAGGAGAGCAGGGACCUCAGGGAUUGAGCGGUUUCCAGGGCUUGCCCGGACUGCCAGGCUCACCUGGAGAGCCAGGAAAACCAGGUGAUGAGGGUAUUGCUGGAGAGGGCGGAGCUGCUGGUCCUACUGGUCCAAGGGGAGAAAGAGGCACUCCAGGAGAGAGAGGUGACAUUGGACCUAAUGGACUGCUAGGACCCAAAGGAAGUCCAGGAACACCAGGACCAGACGGACCAAAGGGUAAUCCUGGUCCAACAGGUUCUUUGGGUGAGCCAGGAUCUCCAGGACUUCAGGGCAUGCCAGGAGAGAGGGGCAUCCCAGGACCCUCCGGUCCCAAGGGAGACUCAGGUUCCAUGGGAGAGAAAGGAGCUGAGGGUAAAGCAGGAUCUGACGGUUUGAGGGGACUUGCUGGUGUUGUUGGACCUGCCGGCCCCCGUGGACCCAACGGAGAGAAGGGUGAACCCGGCCCACCUGGACCUGCAGGACGCCGAGGAUCAAGAGCGGUUGCUGGUUCCCCAGGUGAGCCUGGUCCAACAGGUGCUGCUGGCUUCCCUGGACCUCCUGGUCCUGAUGGUCAGCCUGGAGUCAAAGGUGAAGUGGGUGAGCCAGGACAGAAGGGAGAGACAGGAGCACCCGGACCCCAGGGGAUGGCCGGUAAACCAGGCACACAGGGGCCUGUCGGUGUGGCUGGACUGAAAGGCGCCAGAGGAUCACAGGGGGCAGCAGGCUCAGCUGGUUUCCCUGGACUGCCUGGAGGAGUUGGAGGACCUGGAUCUCUUGGCUCUGUGGGAGCAGCUGGGCCUUUGGGCGCUCCAGGAAAGCAGGGCCCUGGUGGUAUCCGAGGUGAGAACGGAGCCCUGGGACAACAAGGAGAGAGAGGACCUCCCGGCCCAGCUGGCAACCCAGGAGACAAGGGAGACUCUGGAGAGGACGGUCCUCCAGGUCCUGACGGGCCUCCAGGUCCUGCUGGUACCGCGGGACAGCGAGGUGUGGUGGGUCAGCCCGGAGUCAGAGGAGAGAGAGGCAUGCUGGGACUGCCAGGCCCUGCUGGUCCUCCAGGAAAAGCCGGAGCACCUGGAACUCAGGGCGUCAAAGGGCCUCCUGGUGUAGUCGGUUUUCCAGGAGCCACCGGUCCCAGAGGAGACGCUGGACCAGAGGGUAUCGCUGGAGCAGAGGGGUCACCUGGUAAGGACGGUGUCAUAGGAGCCAGGGGAGACAGAGGUAACCCUGGUCCAGAGGGUCUGGCUGGUGUUUCAGGCGCUCCAGGGCCUGAGGGUCCAGUGGGAAUGACAGGUGGCCCGGGACAAAGAGGAGAGAACGGUGGAAGAGGUCCGCCUGGACCCCAAGGACCUGAUGGAGUGCGAGGCAAAGUGGGACCCCAAGGACCGCUGGGAGAGACGGGAGCACCAGGAGAUCCAGGAGAGAGGGGUCAGAAAGGACACAGAGGUUUCACUGGCCUUGAUGGUUUACCAGGAACAACCGGAUCCACAGGUGAGCCAGGACUUCCUGGUAUUGUAGGACCCGCUGGACACAGAGGUCCUCCAGGAGUGGUGGGACCCCCUGGCAAGGAGGGAAAUGCUGGACAGCCUGGACCCAUGGGCCCACCUGGAAGCAGAGGAGCCAGUGGAGAUAUCGGACCAGAGGGUCCACCUGGUGACCCUGGCCCCCCUGGCCCUCCUGGACCACCUGGACCCCCCACAGCUGCCGCGGAGGACCUCUUCGGCGGCCCCUUGGAUUACGGAAUUGAAGAAGGCGCACCAGAGGCCGAGGAGUUCAGCGAGUUCCACGAGUUCCACGAGUUCAGCGAGGUCAGCGACGCCGCUGCCGAUCCUCCUCCCCCUCCCGAGUUCAACGAGGACGAGGCCCGUCCCAACAAGGCCUCUGUGGUGAUUCGUGCAGACACCGGCAUCCAGGCCACGCUGAAGACGCUCAGUGGACAUCUGGAGACCCUCCGCAGUCCUGAUGGCAGCCAAAUGAACCCUGCAAGAAGCUGCCAGGACAUCAAGCAGUGCUACCCUCUCAAACAGAGCGGUGAAUACUGGGUUGAUCCAAACCAGGGAAGCACAAAGGAUGCCAUCAAGGUCUUCUGCAACAUGGAAACUGGUGAGACCUGCAUCUCUGCCAACCCAGACAGCAUUCCCCUCAAAGCCUGGUGGACCAAAUCCACUCCCACCGCCACCAAACCUGUCUGGUUCGGAGCCGACAUCAACGGAGGAAUCAAAUUCAGCUAUGGAAAUGCAGGGGAGCUGCCUAACGCAGUGGCAGUCCAGCUGAAGCUGCUGCAGGUUUUGUCCAAAGAGGCGCACCAGAGCAUCACCUACCACUGCAGGAACAGCGUGGCAUAUAAAGACGACAAGAACAACCUGAAGAAAGCUCUCAUCCUCAAAGGGUCCAACGGCCAGGAUCUGAGAGCGCAGGGCCCCAACCGUCUGAGAUACACUGUCCUCGAGGAUGGCUGCUCAAAUUCAAAUGGCGCAUGGGGCAAGACAGUGCUUGAGUACAGGACUCAAACUGCGGCCAGGCUGCCCAUCAAGGACAUGGCCCCCAUGGAUAUUGGCAAGGCUGAUCAGGAGUUCGGUGUGGAGAUCGGACCAGUGUGCUUCUCAUAAAACACAAAUCCCCAAUGCAAGAAGGAUAUAAGUGGCCCUUUAACUGAGGAGUAACAUCAUGAUUUUAUAGAAUAUGGAUAAACAGCUCCUCGUUAUGUAAAGAUUAAAAAUACAUGUGCUGGAUUAAAUUUCAUUGAAUGCAGUGCCAGUCGCUGUGGAAGGGUUCCAUGUUUAUAAUGUCAUGUGGAAAUUGGACGGUGCUACCUCUGCUAGUGCUUCCAUCAGUGUCACAAAUGCCAAGCCAGGCCGUGUUGGUUUCACCGAUACGACUGGCCAGCAGGCGGGAUCGAGUAUGAGCAUAAAAAUGUACGAUUGUAAGAUGUUUCACGCUGCCCAUUCUUCUCACAGGAUCGCAUUUCCCAUUAAAGCUGUUGAACUAUUUGCUGUGUUGGCCAGCAUUAAGGUGCACAAGAAAGCCGUAUGAAUGGCGUUGAUACUGACAUAAUUUAUUCAUCUUUCAAUAAAUCUAUAAUCUGCCUGGCACAAAUACUCUGUGGGGAAAUGCAUGCAGAUGCUGGAGGUGCUCGAUUCAAAGUGAAGUGCAAAAGGCUUGAAAACUUGCAUGAACUGGAAAAACAGCCAGUGCUUUUGAAGAUUUAAUGAGUUAUAGCCUCUUUAUUCAGCAGUCACAACCAAGCCUGAAUAAAAAAUGUGACAGAUUCCGAUAAAGGCUAUAUAGCCAGACAUGUUUAGAGUGAAUAAAGACAUUCAAACUCAUUGAUUUUCCAAAAGUGCCAUUUUUUCCAGCAAAUGCAUAGCAGGAGGCCUACAUGGGCAGGAGUUUAUAUGGCAAUAACUGUAGUUCUUAAUAUUUUAUGGAAUUAAAGGAAAAUCAUGAAAAACAUGCUUGAACCUAAAUUAUUAAGUUCUGUGCAAGAACUCAUUUACUCUUUCAACAAAAAACGUGUUUAUCUCCUUUUUAGACUUGUUAAACUGUAAAUGCAACAUGCAACUGUAAAUUGCCAAAUAUUUGUUUGUUUCUGUGGUUUAUUGAUGUGAGAAUAAAUGUAUGUCUGUCUUCAGAUUGACUGUGCUGUUCCCAGGGGUGAAACUAAAAAAAAUGUUGAGAGAAGUGUCUGGCUGUCCUGAAAAUCAGUUUGCCACAGUAUGUAGAUAAAUAAACUCAUUCACUUUACCUUGCAUUGAGAAAAAAGCAGGUUUAUGCUGUCCUGAGUGAAAAGUAUGAAUGCCAAAAUCUUGCUCUGAAUAUCA